AAUUAUGAUUUUCCAUUGGCAGCACUGGGACGGGUGACAGUUCUGCCACAAUUACGAUAAAAAGCCGAAUCCGAGCAAGUCAUCGACGUUUUCAUGGAAAAUCUUGUGAAUGUUAAAAAUUCAAGUCAGAAAUAAAAUAAGUGUUCAUAAUGUCGGCUAAUAAAGAAGAAACUUUACGACAAUUUUGCGAUGUGACCGGCACGGACGAGGCUCGAAGUAGAUUCUUUUUGGAGUCGUCAAACUGGCAACUUGAAGUGGCGCUAUCAAGCUUUUACGAACAUGGUGGCAAUGCAGAUGAAGUGGUAACCGGCCAGAGUACAGCGGCAGCCCCACUUCCCACACUAUCUGACAGCGAUAUGGAGUCUCCAUCAGCAUCACCUCCAAAAGCUUCACAGAAGAAAGACCAGAAGAAACCAACUGCCUCAAACUUUGCUACGUUAGAUUCCUUGCAUCAGGACAGUUCCAGUGAUGAUGAGGAUGCGCAAGCUUUUUACGCGGGUGGUUCAGAAAGAUCUGGUCAGCAAAUUUUAGGACCCGGCAAAGGAAGGAAGGACAUUGUGACAGAAAUGUUCAAGAGUGUUAGAGAACGUGGCGCCGUGGUGUUUGACGACGAGCCCUCGUCGACGAGCCGUGGCCGCUCAGGAGUAUUCAGCGGCGUCGGAUACAGGCUUGGUCAAACGGCAGACGAUCAUGAACAAGUCACACCGUCGAACACACAAUCGCAGGAGAACUCGCGGCUAGUGCGGCUGUGUCUGUACCGGGAAGGCUUCUCGGUGGACGGCGGCGCGCUGCGACUCUACUCCGACCCGGAGAACGCGGAGUUCCUCAGCUGCGUGCGACGGAGUGAGAUCCCGCCGGAGCUGGCGGGGCUGGGCGGCGAGGUGCGCGUGAGCCUGCAGGACCGCCGCCACGAGGAGUGCCCCAAGCACAUGGUCAAGCCGCCCGCCUUCACCGGCAAGGGACACUUGCUCGGCAGCCCGACGCCGCCGACGGUGGGCGCGACGGCGCCGGUGGCGAGCGACGCGUCCGACCGCGCCGCCAACCAGCGCACCGCGCAGGACGCCGUCGGGCUCGACCCCGACCAGCCCACCACCACCGUGCAGUUCCGCCUAGCAGACGGCAGCCGGCUGACGGGCCGGUUCAACCACUCGCACACGGUGGCGGACCUGUCGGCGUACGUGUCCCGCGCGGAGCCCGCGUACCAGCUGCGUCCGUUCGCGCUGGUGACGACGUUCCCCAGCGCCGAGCUGGCCGACCCCGCGGCCACGCUCGCCGCCGCCAACCUCCUCAACUCCACCGUGCUGCAGCGGCUCAAAUAGUCCAAAUACAUGUGUUGAACUACACGCGUCUUAUUUAUGCCACUUUUACACCUGAGGUAGUCUCGAUAUAGUGAAGUUAAAGGUCCUGUUUCACAAUACAAGUAAAUGUUAUCCGCAACGUUAACGUCCGCUGUCGUCAAUGAACAAUCCCGAUCGCUUCUUUCGAUCUGUCUCAAAAUCGACCAAUCAGAGCAGUUUUUUGAUAUGCUUACAAAUGAGGCAUUUUGAUUGGUUCAUUCUAGGAAUCGGGAUUGAAGAUUGUGAUCAGGAUCGUUAAUUGAAAACGACUGUAAGACAAGAUUGCUCAACUUUGCGGAUAUGUUACUCAUCACAUAAAUAUACAGGCCGACCAAAUUCAAAAGUCACUCUAAUCUAUGUUCGAAAAUCAAUAGUACAUACUAUGUAUAUUGGGUGUUUAAUAUGAUAACUUUCAAAUUAAAUUGACUUGAAACUUAUGAGACAGGCUCUUACAGACCUGGAGUUGUAGUUCAGAUGGCUUUCUAUAAUCGUUAACGCUAACUUUAUGUAUGGGAAUGACAUAUCCUAGCGAUAGACUUAUCGUAUCAUUUUUUGCCUAUAAACGUUAACAAUUGUAGGGAGGCAUCUUUGUUAGUCUCCAAGGAGGUAGUCUUGAUAUAUGAUCAACGCUAGAUGAAUGUAUAUAUAUACAGGUCAUUCCAUAUUAAUUGCUCUGUAAUAUAUCAAUAUGAUCUUUUGUAUACAUCCAUUUGAGUCUAUGUGAGUAUUAAAAAGCUCUUAGCCGGGAUGAACAUCGCUGUGGGCUUACAAACAUGCGUCUGCGCAACAAAGUCCACCAGGGCCGCACCACAAUGCUAUGGAUAAAUCACUUUACAAGCUUUUUAGUCUGCAGUCGCCUUUAUCUUCAAUAAUGACACUGAUAAAGAAACCACAGAUAAUAUCAGUCAAUGGUCCAUCUACUCAACUACAUGCGACAUCAGUGAAAUUUCUUGUCAUUGCAAAUUCCCUGAAAAAACCUCAAAAUAGUAAAUAUCUCGAAAUAUCUUUGGGAUAUAUACAUGGUUCAAAGGUAUUUCAAUUUUAUGAUAAUAGCAAAAGGUUUCAAUUAUGUUUUGGUCCUUAGAGCCGGAUUUAUAAAACGUGUAUGUUAGUCUCCUGGUGUCUCAGCAGUGGAUAUAAAAAAUAGUAUGACAUUAGUAUCACAAAGUAGGUUCAGCAUUCGUAUUUCACUCGAGUUAUGGGUGAUCUUUUGUACACUGAAUAUGUAAGUCGUAGAGAUAAACAAUUUGAAUUAUAAA